ACAGGUUAUUAUUCUGCCUCACUGAGACGACACACACACUGAGAGACGGACGGUAAGAUUUACCUUCAGACCAACACUUCCACUAUGAGAGGACAUUUACAAAAAGGAAUAUUGGGAACAUUGGUACACUACCACUUCAAGUGAUUUACAACAACAAAGACUCAAAGUGAAAGUAAGUUUGAGGGAACAGGGAGUGUCUGAGCUGUCUGCCUGCUGUGUUUUCUGCUUCACUCAGAGACUAAAUGGCUUCCAGAUUAGAGGAAGAUCUCUGCUGUCCUGUCUGCCAUGAAGUCUUUAAAGAUCCUGUCAUCCUGUCAUGUAGCCACAGCUUCUGUAGAGACUGUCUGCAGAGCUGGUGGACAGAUAGACCGAUAAGAGACUGUCCAGUUUGUAAGGAAAGAUCUUUGUUUGAACCCCCUUUAAACCGGAGGUUAAAAAACCUGUGUGAGAGUUUCCUACAGGAGAGAGAUCAGAGAGUUUCAGAGGCUCUCUGCAGUCUGCACUCUGAGAAACUCAAACUCUUCUGUCUGGACCAUCAGCAGCCAGUGUGUGUCGUCUGCAGAGAUUCAGAAAAACACUCCAAACACAGAAUCAGACCCAUCGAUGAAGCUGCACGACAACACAAGAAGAAACUUCAGGAAACUCUGGAGCCCUUAAAGGAGAAGUUAAAGGUUUUUGAACAACUUAAAGUGAAGUUUGAUCAUACUGCAGAACACAUGAAGGUCCAGGCCCGACGCACAGAGACCCAGAUUAAGGAUCAGUUUAAGAAGCUUCACCAGUUUCUAGAAGAGGAAGAGGAGGCCAGGAUGGCUGCACUGAGGGAGGAAGAGGAGCAGAAGAGUCAGAGGAUGAAGGAGAAGAUGAAGGCUCUGGGCACAGAGAUAGCAGCUCUUUCAGACACAGUCAGAGCCACAGAGGAGCAGCUGAGAGCUGAAGAUGUCUCAUUCCUGAUCAACUACAAGGCUGCAGUGGAAAGAGUCCAGCAGCGCCCCCUGCUGGAGGAUCCACAGCUGCUCUCAGGAGCUCUGAUAGACGAGGCCAAACACCUGGGCAACCUGAGCUUCAACAUCUGGAACAAGAUGAAGGACAUGGUCUCCUACACUCCUCUGGUUCUGGACCCAAACACUGCUCAUCCAUAUCUCAUCCUGUCUGAAGAUCUGACCAGUGUGAGACUAGGAGGAGAGCUACAGCAGCUUCCUGAUAAUCCAGAGAGGAUUGAUUCAUUAUGCUCCCUCUCUGUCCUGGGCUCUGAGGGCUUUAACUCAGGGACUCACAGCUGGGUUGUCGAGGUUGGAGACCAUACAUUCUGGUCACUGGGUGUGUUAGCAGAGUCUGUUCAGAGGAAGGGAGACAUAUGCUCUGGAUUAUGGAGAAUAGGGUUCAGUUUAGCUGUUUUAUCUAGAGCAUUGUCUCCAUCAGGUCCAGACACUGAUUUCCUGGUGAAUAAGCAGCUCCAGAGGAUCAGAGUGACUCUGGACUGGAACAGAGGAAAUCUGUCCUUCUCUGAUCCUGAUACUAACACACACAUACACACCUUCACACACACUUUCACUGAGAAGAUGUUUCCAUUCUUUGAAACUGGGGGUGAACUGAAGGUUUCCCCAGUGAAGGUCUGUGUGACUGUAGAACAGAAAUAGAAGAAGUCCAUGUUUCAGAUUUUGGUGGUGGGAGGGACUUCCCUUUGAUUAUCAAAUAUAUCUUUAAUAGGGCUCGGUACUGAAUUUAGAUACUUUCAGGCACUGAUUGAAUUUGGUCAGAAAUCAAACUGCUACAAGCCUUCUAGGCUACUUCUACUUGGAGAGAAGUUAAAUGUUUCAACCAUUAAUCCAUUAACGUUGAUUUAAGGCAUUACUUUAGGUAACUAUUUCAACUGUUAGCUACUUUAACCGUUUCUCAAAUAAUUUAGCUAAAUAUGUGAACUGUUUAGUCAUUACUUUUAGCUAAACUUCUGUGCUUGCUUGUUAAUCAGUUUUCACGCUCUAACAUAACCGCAACAUGUAGUGUUCAGGUGUUACAGGUGAUGAUGUAACUACGACAUGUAGUGUUCAGGUGUUACAGGUGAUGAUGUAACUACAACAUGUAGUGUUCAGGUGUUACAGGUGAUGAUGUAACUACGACAUGUAGUGUUCAGGUGUUACAGGUGAUGAUGUAACUACAACAUGUAGUGUUCAGGUGUUACAGGUGAUGAUGUAACGGCCGGUAGGACACCGUUGCGUUGACUGUUCUGAACUGAAGCAGUGCAAAGCAUCAUGGGAACAUGUUCUGAACUGAAGCAGUGCAAAGCAUCAUGGGAACAUGUUCUGAACUGAAGCAGUGCAAAGCAUCAUGGGAAUAUGUUCUGAACUGAAGCAGUGCAUCAUGGGAACAUGUUCUGAACUGAAGCAGUGCAAAGCAUCAUGGGACCAUGUUCAGAACUGAAGCCGUGCAUCAUGGGACCAUGUUCUGAACUGAAGCAGUGCAUCAUGGGACCAUGUUCUGAACUGAAGCAGUGCAAAGCAUCAUGGGAACAUGCUCUGAACUGAAGCAGUGCAUCAUGGGAACAUGUUCUGAACUGAAGCAGUGCAUCAUGGGAACAUGUUCUGAACUGGUCCUGUCCUAGUUUAAGUGUUGUGUUAUCUGGUUUUAGUGUUGUGUGGUUGAUUUAGUGUUCAUGUUUAUCUACAUUUGUUGGGUUGGGGGAUUGCCUCAGGGCAGUGUCAAUAAAAUAGCUUGGAAAUUAGUAA